ACCUUAAUAAAGAGGACAGCGGACGCCAUGGCCAGCGAGGGUUACUUGGAGGCAGGGUAUCAGUAUGUGACCAUAGACGAUUGCUGGCCGGAGAAGAGUCGAGAUGAUGACGGCCGCCUCGUUGCUGAUAAAACUCGCUUUCCUAAUGGAAUGAAGGAACUUUCUCGUUAUGUCCACAGCAAGGGUUUGAAGUUCGGUAUCUACGAAGACUAUGGUAAUUUAACCUGUGGUGGCUACCCCGGCGUGAUGGGCCAUGAGUUGAUAGACGUGGCCAGCUUCGCAGUAUGGGAGGUGGACUAUGUGAAGCUGGAUGGAUGCUACGCUGAAGAUAUGGACACAGGUUAUCCCCUAUUUGGCAAGCUGCUCAAUUACACACAUCGUCCAAUAUUGUAUUCCUGCAGUUGGCCUGCUUAUCAGAAUUCUCCUAAUUACACAGCGAUAGCAGAGUCCUGCAACAUUUGGCGUAACUAUGGAGACAUACAGAACAACUGGCAGUCUGUAGUGAACAUCAUGAACUGGUUCGGAGAGCACCAGGAUGACUUCGUUCACAUCGCCGGCCCGGGGAACUUUAAUGAUCCUGACAUGCUCGUCAUAGGUAAUUCUGGACUGACAGUAGACCAAGCUCGAGUGCAGAUGGCUGUAUGGUCAGUCCUGGCUGCUCCUCUCAUCAUGAGCGUGGACUUAUCUACCAUUAAGCCAGAGUUUAAGGAGAUUCUGCUGAACAAAGACGUCAUAGCUGUUAAUCAGGACCCUUUGGGCAAACAAGGCUUGAGGGUGUAUAACGAAGAUGAUAUUCAGAUUUGGAUCCGGGAAUUAUCGAACAAUUCACGUGCGCUUGCGUUUGUGAACCUUCGGACCAAUGAAACUGAAGUUCUGUACACACACGAAAAAAUAAAACUGCCUACACAGGAUUAUAUAGUAAAGGAUCUCUACGGGGAAGAAAACGAUACAAUUUUAGGAAGCACAGAAGAUUUUAAAGUAAAAAUUAAUGCAACAGGCGUCAAGUUCUACAAAUUCAUCCCAAAAGCUGACGAAGUCGACCCUAUCUGUGAAAACGAAAUUAUAUAAAAUACUAGUGGAGAUAAA